AUGAGUACUUCUCAUGAUAAUUACACAAUUCACAAGGUUUCUCUAAAACGUACUCGUCAAGCAUGCGGGCCUUGCCGGCGCAAGAAGGCCCGUUGUCCCGGAGAGAAGCCAAUAUGCUCGCUCUGCCAAAGGCUCGGGCAGCAUUGUACAUACGGGCACCAGGCGACCGCCAACCGGGCCCCAAACUCGCGGCCAUCUGCCAAUGACGAGGACCACUACAAUGGUGGAGAACCCACCCUCCCUAAUGAAUAUUCUUUGCGACGUGUUGGAAAUAUUGAACAGAAACUCGACGAAAUUUCGAAUCUGCUGCGCGAGCGCUUACCUCCAGCCGAUGUCGUUUCUGCGCCUUUAAGAUCCCGCAAUGGUCAGACCCAGGAUAUACCUGAUGUCUCGACUUCACUCGGCGAAGUUCAGUCGGAGAACUCAGAUAUUUUUUCAUGCGAUGAAUUACCGCCUCAUUUCAUCAAAUCCGAAGUCGACGUUUACUUAACUAAAUUUCAUGACCAACCGUAUUGCGUGUUUGUGGAGGAAUGGCUUCGGGAAAACGCCGAGUUCCUUCCUUCAGAGAUUGCUUUUCCACUGGUCGGACUUACACGCCGUCUCACAGUGAAUUCUCCCGGAAUUGCUGGCCGCGAUAUACCUACUGGCAAGUAUUGCACUGAAAGAGCACGAGGCAUAUUAUCUUCGCAAUACCAAGAUGGAAAGACUGGUUUAUCCUUUCUUCAAGGUACCUUUCUUGUGGCUCAUUUGGACUUUGCUGAUGGCAAUGCACACCGGGCGUGUGCAUCUGUUGCACUUGGUCUCCGAGUUAUCCAAUCAUUUGGAAUGAACCAGGGCAAGAAUCUUUCGGCCCUAAAUCAAACGGACGCAGAGGCGAGAAGGCGAAUCACUUGGGCCUUUUUCAUGCUUGACCGUACAUACAACGCAGCAAGAAACUAUUCCCUAUGUCUAUCCGACAAACAUUUCACCCUCCUUUUCCCUUCUCCUGCUGAUGCGCUAUUGACACCGGGCUCCUUACACGAAAAGUCGACGAAAAUAGGCUUCAAGGUUGACCAAGGAAUCAUGGCCUGUCUGCUACGGUUGUAUUCUUUAUGGGGGAAAGCAACAGAGUGGGUAUUUGAACCAUCAAUCACAUGCUCUCUUCCUCCCUGGCAAAGUGGAUCGGCCCUUUCCAUCCUCGAGUCGGAGUGGAUGCAAUUUGAAACUCAGUUUGCAGACACUCACCGCUACAUGAAUGUUGACUUCAAAAGGCGUGCUCGAGAAGAGCCCUGUUCUCGACCAUACUUGUCAACCUGGAUGUGUGUGCAGUUCCUCUUCCACUCAGUCCAAUGUUUGCUUCAUCACCCAUUUGUCACUAUGAUUAAGCUUCGACACAUGAAAGGAAACCUCUCUGCUACAUUUUUGCAGAAAUCCUUCGAAACCUCCUUGCUACACUCGCGAUGGAUUGCAAGAUUUAUCAAAGAAAUGGCCGAAGUGGACUUGCAACUCUGCGACCCGUUUCUAGGAUACCUUGCUGCAAUUGCUGCCACCAUUCAACUUGAGCACACUGGAAAUAAAAAUCCGCAAAUAGCGUUACUGGUCAACAACGAAUAUCGAGUUCUUGUAGACUUUAUAACCGGCCUGUCUUCUCAUUGGAAUAACAUGGGCGUAUUGGUCCAUCGAGUUAAUGAGUUGGCUUCUCGACAUCAAAAUUAUGGAUCACUAUUCUACAAUCAAGAUGGAUUUUCGGGGGCUCUAUCUAAGAUGCCAACUCCGUCAAAUAUGCCAAGGAUGUCAACGCAAGACGAGGCCCUCAUGUGGGAUAUACUAGAUUUCGCCUCGUCGUCUAGUCCACUUGAGGCGAGCGAGGUACCAGAUGCAGUGCCAACCAGGAAGAAAAGAAGGGUAUCCGAAAGGACUGCCUCGAAAGACAGUACCCCGCCAAACAACGAAGGCCACACUUUCAAACACCAUGAAGUCCUGAUAGAAUCAAGAAAGGCGAACGGCCCUCCAUCUCCACACGCAAAUAUUGGCCAAAGGGAGACGCCUUUAUUAAACGAUGAAUCAAUUACUGAGUGGGAUUUUUCAGGGAGAGAUGUUAAUAACGUUCCGGGAUCAGUAGUGCCUGAUAUUCCUGAUUGGAUGAUUUUUGGAGAUUUCAUGUCAGAGCAUCUCUGA